UAAUAGGAACUGACCCAGUCUGGGCUGUUGAUUACAUAAGAACCUGUUCUGAUAGGACCUGACCCAGUCUGGGCUGUUGGUUACAAAGGAUUUUGGAUGCAUUCAAAUUGGAGCCUAGCUGAUCAUGUGUUUGCUCUUGUUUCAUUAUCUAUUUAAACAGUUGUCCCAAACAGCAACCUUGCCUUUAAGCAGAGAGAUUCAUCUCAUGAGGAGAGAAAGUAUCGGGACUGCUCUGAAAUCUUUCAAGCUGGCUUCAACAACAGUGGAGUAUAUACUAUUCACAUCAACACACAGGAGACCAAAAAGGUUUACUGUAACAUGGAGGCAGCAGGGGGAGGAUGGUCCGUCAUUCAGAGGAGAAAAGAUGGAACCAUGGACUUCCAGAGGACGUGGAAGGAGUACAAGAUGGGCUUUGGGAGUCUGUUUGGAGAACACUGGCUGGGGAAUGAGUUUGUGUUCCUGCUGACCAGUCAGAGGCCCUACAACCUGAGGGUGGAAGUGACCGACUGGGACGGACAGCAGGCCUUCUCCCACUACGACCGCUUCUAUAUCGGCAGCGAGAAGCAGAAUUACAGGCUGUUCCUGAAGAGUCACAGUGGAACGGCAGGCAGACAGAGCAGCCUGGUCAUCAACGGAGCAGACUUCAGUACCAAGGAUAUGGACAACGACAACUGCAUCUGCAAAUGUGCUCUCAUGCUCACCGGGGGUUGGUGGUUCGAUGCCUGUGGACCAUCGAACCUGAACGGGAUGUACUACAGUCAUGGUCAGAACAUGGGUAAACUGAAUGGGAUUAGGUGGCACUACUUCAAAGGGUCUAGUUACUCUCUCCGUGCUACCACCAUGAUGAUACGACCAGCAGACUUCUGAGAUGACCUUUUGGUGACUGUCGUUGUGUACGUUGUCAAUAGACAUAUUUGCAUCAUUAGCCAUGUUUCCAUCCAACUGUUUUUAUGCGAUAAAGUACUGUCCUGAUGCAUAAAAGAAAGUCACAACAGGUGUGACGGAAACACAAAAUACAAGGUGGGAUAAUUGUUUGUACUUUGACUUAAAAAUUAGCAACAUCAUUUUGCUUUCUAUGAGGAACUUGGAUUCUGACUUUCUGGUGCUUACAUGUCCUCUUGAAAGACAUUGAUUGUUUGAGACAGUAUGCUUGAGCACCAGCUCUGCAAUGAAUCAAACUGUAGAAGUGGGUUACAUGAAGAGGAUAUGAACGUAAGACUUGGUGCUUUUGAAAGACUUUCAUUUGGCUCGCUCUCAUUUGUCUCCCUUUCAUUUGUCUCCCUUUCAUUUGUCUCUCUUUUCAUUAGUCUCUUUUCAUUUGUCUCUUUUCAUUAGUCUCUUUUCAUUAGUCUCUUUUCAUUUGUCUCUUUUCAUUUUGUCUCUUUUCAUUUUGUCUCUUUCAUUUUGUCUCUUUUCAUUUGUCUCUUUUCAUUUGUCUCUUUCAUGUAUCUGUUGUGUAUUGUUCUUCUAUGGGUAAGGUAUUCCUGUUAACACGUUGUGAAUCAGUGUACUGCUCUCUUAGUCUGCACUGUGGGCAGAGAAGCCUGAUGGCCUAGACUGGAUACACUUCAGAACACUGUUAUGGAUAUUAUUUGCCUAUAUAGUGGAUUGCUGGUGUGUGUGUGUGUGUGUGUGGAGUGUACUGUGUUUUAAAUCAUUAUGUUUAAGGCAAGGUGUCUAAGUGUGUCUCACCACACUGUAAUAUUUAAUGGAAUAGAGAUAAAUAAUUGAUGUCUUCACUUUCAUGUAAGUUUUCAGUAUUAAAAGCAUUGUUGCUCUUAUACCCUUCCUAGAUUUGUACUAAUUUGCAACAUCUAUUGAGGCCUUUGUUGAACUUUGUAACAAUGACAAAAGUUUUGAAUUAAAAAUGAAUUAAAAAUAUU